CUCCUGUUUGCAACACUCCUUUAAGUCCCAUACAGGACAUUACUCCUUCGCCUCCUUUGGCUACUGCGCCUCUUUCAGAAAAUUCACUCACCGCUGGGAAAAAAACUACCCUCUUGGUCUCCCUGAAAAAAUUUCACGUGACUACGCCAAAACGUUCCAGUUAUAACAAGAUUUACAAAAUCCGCCGAUCUAGGAGUUUCUUUUUUGAGCUUGCUGAUCAUAAUCAAAACACCAAUGAAAUUCAUUUGAAGAUACACACGAAUGAUUAUCAUAUGAACACUAAACUGAUUAGUUAUAAUAACACAAGUUCGUUCCCUAACAACAAAUAUCAAAUCAGCUGCAUGCUUACGCAUUUUUUUUCAUCACAAAGAGUUCUUCCUCGUCGUGUACAAGAUAAAUAUUUUAAUUUCCUCCGUAACAAAUUAUUGGAUAGAAUUAAGAUCAUCAAAUCACGUGCUAGUAGUACAGCUAAUAGAAAUUAUUCUACAAGGACUUUUUUUAAUUUUACUUAUAAGAAACGUCGCUUUUACUUUGGCAUAUAUAUACCUUGCCCUCAUGUUAAUGACCCUGAACACUUUCACAAAGACACACAAUGUGGUAUUCCUACCCCUUUUGUCAUGUCGCAACAUAGAUGCGCAUGCGUAACUCAUCAACAUAUUUUCGCAAGAACACAAUGUUUCAACAAUAUUAAACAAAAAAACGUACAAAAUCUGGCAAUUACAUCAAAAGAUUUUGUUAACAAUAAGGCUUCUCAUGCCAAUUUAUUAUAUUACAGAUGGCUCGAUGGAAAAACCAAACGUAUUACCUCUAGACGACUGGAUAUUUCGUAUGACAGCAAUAUUCAUGCUAGAGACUCUCUUUCUAUCACCAAACGUGGCAACAGACAUAUGUAUCAUAGAUCUUUGUCCAACUUCAAAUAUGAUUUGAGUCCUAAUUUACGCAUUCAAAAGCAACAAGAAAUACGUUUUAAACGCACUUGCCGUCGUGUAUUUAAUAAGAUGCGAUUACCUUCCAAUCGCAAAGCUAAAAAUCAAGAUUAUUUGGCGAUAGCGCGCAAAUACCGUUUUUUAUUUUUGAAAUCUCAAUAUGUCAAAGUACCUGUUCGACACUUACUGUACAAACAUUCUAAUAAGAUCCCUAACGCUGAUGACUAUCCGUUCCUGGUUCCUUUUUUCGCCAUGGACGCAAAUCACAAGAAACAAAUCAUGACUAAACUCAGUCACGUGCCUACAGCACCUUUGGCACCACCUGCUGAUUAUA